GUGAACCAUCUUCCUUGACAAGUUAUAACAUGCCAAACACUAAUGUAACCUUAGAGACUUUGCUGAGCACUAAAGUGGCUGUUGCACAAUUCUCGCAGAGUACAAGGUGCGCGGCUACUGCAACCACGGCCAGUGGGGUCACGGCAAUGGCAAUCCCCAUGAUUCUCGAGCAGCUGAUGGCAUUGCAGCAGCAACAGAUUCACCAGUUGCAGCUCAUUGAGCAAAUCCGGAGCCAGGUGGCCAUGAUGAAUCGGCAGCCGCUGCGUCCCACUCUCAAUCCAGCUGCUCCUUCUCAGAGCGCUCCUGUGCAAGCCUCGAACCAGCUCCAAGGGUUUGCCGCAAACUCUGCCCUUCAGUUAGCAGCAGUCGUUCCUUCUGCCAUAGUGGCACAGGCCACUAGCAACCCACCAACUGCCUUUGAGAGCUCUCAGCACAUUUCAAGGCCUACGUCGGGCGCAAGCACCCCGAACAUGUCAAGCAACGGUUCUUCUGCCCCCAAUGAGUCAAGCACACCGUCCUGUUCUAAUGCAAUCACUGCUUCAUUAACACCUGUUUCUGUGUCAAAUAGUACUAGCAGCUGUUCCCAGCCCCAAAAUACUCCAACUCCACCUUCAAUAGGACCUGGAAAUCUCCUCACCUCAGCUUCCAGCCUGCCAAACCCACUUCUACCUCAGACGUCAUCCAGUAGUGUAAUUUUCCCCAACCCACUGGUUAGCAUCGCUGCGACUGCUAAUGCAUUGGAUCCUCUGUCUGCUCUUAUGAAGCACCGCAAAGGGAAGCCACCAAAUGUAUCUGUGUUUGAACCCAAGACAAGUUCUGAGGAUCCCUUUUUCAAACAUAAGUGUAGGUUUUGUGCCAAGGUCUUUGGGAGUGACAGUGCUCUGCAGAUACACUUGCGCUCGCACACCGGAGAAAGACCCUUUAAGUGUAACAUAUGUGGGAAUCGGUUUUCUACGAAAGGCAAUUUGAAAGUCCAUUUUCAAAGGCAUAAGGAGAAGUAUCCACAUAUUCAGAUGAAUCCAUAUCCGGUCCCAGAAUACCUCGACAAUGUUCCCACUUGUUCUGGGAUUCCGUACGGAAUGUCGUUGCCACCCGAAAAGCCAGUUACUACAUGGUUGGAUAGCAAGCCUGUGUUACCAACCGUUCCAGCUUCAAUUGGGUUGCAGCUUCCUCCAACAAUACCAGGGGUGAGCAGCUAUGGAGAUUCCCCAAGUAUUACUCCUAUGAGCAGGUCACCCCAAAGGCCAUCCCCUGCGCCAAGCGAAUGCACUUCCUUAUCCCCAAGCCUAAACAACUCUGAGUCAGGCAUUCCUUUGUCUGCAGAAUCCCCACAACCAAUCCAUAGUGGUUCAGCUAUGACUAAAACGGAACCUGUCAACAUUCCUGUGACAAAUGCAAGGCUAGGAGAAAAUUCUCUAAGUGGGCAGGUUUCUGCAGUACCCCCAUCUCCAGUUCCUAACGCUGUUACGGACGGCAUCUCCACAAGCAUCCCGAACCCUGUUCUUCCAGCAUUGUCUGAUCAAUUCAAGGCUAAGUUUCCAUUUGGUGGUCUACUAGACUCUAUGCAAACAUCAGAAACCUCAAAACUGCAACAGCUCGUAGAGAACAUCGAUAAGAAGAUGACAGAUCCAAAUCAAUGUGUCAUUUGUCACCGUGUGCUCAGUUGUCAGAGUGCUCUCAAGAUGCAUUACAGAACCCAUACAGGAGAAAGACCAUUUAAAUGCAAAAUUUGUGGACGUGCAUUCACUACAAAAGGCAAUCUAAAAACACAUUUUGGAGUUCAUCGAGCGAAGCCACCACUUAGAGUACAGCAUUCGUGUCCCAUUUGUCAGAAGAAAUUUACAAAUGCUGUUGUUCUUCAGCAGCAUAUUCGUAUGCACAUGGGUGGGCAAAUUCCAAACACGCCAUUACCAGAGGGCUUCCAAGAUGCUAUGGACUCGGAGCUUUCCUUUGAUGAAAAGAACGCAGAAACGCUGAGCAACUACGAUGAUGACAUUGAUGAAAAUUCCAUGGAAGAGGACCCAGAGUUAAAAGACAACACAAGUGACUCCUCCAAACCACUCCUACCUUAUUCCACUUCAUGCCCACCUUCCCCCCCAUCUGUAAUUUCUAGCAUUACUGCUCUGGAAAAUCAAAUGAAAAUGAUUGAUUCUGUCAUGAACUGUCAACAGUUGACCAAUCUGAAAUCAUUAGAAAAUGGGUCAGGGGAAAGUGACCAUUUAAGCAACGAUUCCUCGUCCGCUGUUGGAGAUCUGGAGAGCCAGAGUGCAGGGAGCCCUGCAAUGUCUGAAUCUUCUUCAUCCAUGCAGGCGCUGUCUCCUGAAAACAGCAUCAGUGAAAGUUUCAGAUCAAAAUCCCCAGGUUUUAGCAACCAGGAAGAACACCAAGAAAUACAAUUAAAGACAGAAAAACCUGACAGUCCACCACCACCUACUGUUGAAAAUGGAGGUGCACUGGAUUUGACAGCCACCAACCCGGGAAGGCCACUCAUCAAAGAAGAAGCUCCUUUUAGCCUGCUGUUCCUGAACAGAGAACGUGGUAAGUUUAAAAGUACUGUUUGUAAUAUCUGUGGCAAGCCUUUUGCUUGUAAGAGUGCAUUGGAAAUUCACUACCGCAGCCAUACUAAAGAGCGUCCAUUUGUAUGUACAGUCUGCAAUCGUGGGUGUUCCACUAUGGGUAAUUUAAAACAGCACUUACUGACACACAAAUUAAAAGAGCUGCCUUCUCAGUUAUUUGAACCCAACUUUACUCUAGGUCCCAGCCAAAGCACUCCUAGCCUGGUCACCAGCACUGCGCCUACUCUGAUCAAAAUGGAAGUGAACGGCCACAGCAAGCCGAUUUCAUUGGGCGAGGUCCCGUCGCUUCCAGCUGGAAUCCAGGUUCCUGCUGCACCACAGUCAGUGAUGAGCCCGGGCAUCACUCCUAUGCUGGCACCACCGCCACGCCGGACUCCCAAACAGCACAACUGUCAGUCAUGUGGGAAGACCUUCUCCUCAGCAAGUGCACUGCAGAUACACGAGCGCACCCAUACUGGUGAAAAGCCAUUUGGUUGCACAAUCUGUGGUAGAGCUUUUACCACAAAAGGGAAUCUUAAGGUAAGAAGGGAAUCUUUAAUGUCAGAACUUAAAUUGUAAGAAUGUGAGAGUUUAACAGUGUGCUGAACCUCAUGUGUUCUCAUUCUGUGUGUGUGUGUGUGUGUUUUCUUACCCAAAUCAAGGGAUGAGGAUAGUAUGGUUAUAUUGUGACAUCCUUACAUUAUAUAUUUUGAACCCAAUGUAAGAACUAAAAUUUUGUGGGUGCAUACAAAUUAUUCCAUUUUUUUAAAAAAGUGUGUUUCAGACAUGCAUUUUCCCCUAUAUUGAUGGCUCCUGAAUUCUUAGAUUGUGGUAGAAUACUUUGGUAUUUUAAAAAUGAUUAAAAGACAAACAAACUCCAGCUCCAUGAAGUUAACUCUGCAACUAUAAACAAAUAUUAUGUCGAUCCUGUUUUUCUUGAAAAUCUGAGGUUAUAGAUUCCCAGCACACUUGUGUCCUGUAGAAGCAUGAGUUGUAUUCAACUGAGUUUUACUCAGCAUAGACCUACUGAAAUUAAUGUAUUUAAUUUCAGGGGUAACCCUAUGGCAAGAUCUGCUGGGAUGAGCUCCUUAGGAUGCAGUGGAUCUCCAGCUCAGCUGGUUUUAAGUCCCCAACCCUGGCUCAGUUUAAGAUUCAUCGGUGUAAAUACUUGCUUUCCUUCUUCCAGGCUUAGAGCAGGAGCAGCAGUCCUGCUGCUGGACAGGGUUUGGAUCUGGUCUAAAUUGACACUGGUUUGCAUUAUGCUAGCUUCUUAUCCAUAGGAUUGCUUCCUUAGUCAUGUUCAUUAAUUUCAAUGGGUCCACUUUGAAUAAAACUUUGAGUUAAACCUGACUACCCAUGAGAUUUAUGACAGUAGUAAUCUUUUUUUAAAAAACCUAGUCACAUCAGAUUAUAUUUGAAUCUUCCUGCCGAUCAUGCCAAUUUAACAUAUUAAGAGUCUGUCAGUCGGGGUUACCAAAUGCUCUGCGGGAAGCCCCUGUUGCAAAUUGUGACUUCUAACUUGCUUACAACGUUCAAGGAUGUGGCAGGUUUUUGAUACGUCACAAAAGCAACAUUUAAAAAGUAGAACUGUGGCACCAUCUUUUAUCCCUAUGUAGUUCAGGUAAACAUAAGAAGGUGAGAUGCAGUUGCAGGGUUUGCAUGAGAUAGAAAGGAGCCUGAGAAAAGCCUUGGACUUGCACACUCUUCACUCUCCUCCUUCUGCACGGCCUAGUUCACCGGCAUUUGCUCUCAGGUUCUUAUGUUUUGUUGGCCUCCUUGCUGUGCGAGACUCAGGGAUCAUGGCUGAUCACAAACUUCGGUUAAACAAGUUGGCUUCAUCAUCUAUAGCUUGAAGUUGACUUGUUUAGAAACUUAGCAGAAUUUUUGAUCAACCACAAUUUCUGACUUAUGGGCAACAAGUCCAGAUUAGAGGAAAGUAAUGGUGAUGUCCUUUUCUAGGUGCAUAAGACAAGGAGAUGAGAGCACGGAAGGCUGGGGCUUUGGUCAAGUUCAUUCUGGCUCAUGCAUGCAGUGCUAAAUCAUGGCUUAGUGCAGGCAUAGGCAAACUCCGGCCCUCCAGAUGUUUGGGACUACAAUUCCCAUCAUCCCUAGCUAACAACCUGUGGUCAGGGAUGAUGGGAAUUGUAGUUCCAAACGUCUGGAGGGCUGGAGUUUGCCUAUGCCUGGCUUAGUGGGACGAGUGAAGGAGAGACAUUUUAACUGACAGUAGACCCAAUCCAGUUAAAAUUAAUUGUGAAUAAGCUCCACAUAAAGCCAAAUGACUUAAGUUAGUUUUGACCAACAUUUUCUAUUAGUUUCUAUGGUACUCAGUCCCAACUAAUAUUAGAUGGAUUGGGGCCAUUUAAGAAACGAGGUUUGGAUCCAAAUAUCCCAUUACAGUGGUACCUCGGUUUACGAACUUAAUCCAUUCCGGAAGUCCGUUCUUAAACCAAAACAGUUUUUAAACCGAGGCACGCUUUCCCUAAUGAGGCCUCCCGCCGCCAGUGCCCUUCCACCAUUCGGCUUCCAUUCUUAGACCGAGGUAAAGUUCUGAAACCAGGACACUAUUUCCGGUUUUGCAUAGUUUGUAAACCGAAUUGUUCUUAAACCGGACUGUUCUUAAACCGAGGUACCACUGUAUAUGACUAAACAUAUUUUUACUUAUUCAACAAGUACCAUCUUGUCAACAGCCUCCAAUUUCCCCAAAAUGCCACUUGGGAGGGUCUCCAGCCUUCUAAAACUACUUUUCAGAGGGCAUGAAGGGCUUCAUAUUGAGGUGAAUCAGCAAUCUUUUUCCUCAUAUCGUGGGAUGUUUGCAUCCAGGUCAUUAAGCAUAAGCUGGUGGGGGGGAUAAUUGAGGGAGAUAUUCAACUAAACAGUUGCAGUAAUGGGAGCCAGCACAAUUGGACUGGAAUCAACCUGGGGGGAGGGAGAAACCCCAGGACAAUGCACUGGAAGAGAGGGAAAAUCAUUCCAUCUGCCAAGCUGAAAUGCUUGUGCUGAUGGAACAAUUGUAAUACCCACUUUCUUGGGAGUAAGCUCAUUUGAACUGAAUGGGUCUUACUUUUGAGUAGACAUGUAUAGGCUUGUAAAUGGCUCUUGGAGACUCGAUCAAAAUGGAGACUUGUUUGUUUUAUAUUUUUCAUUUUUAAAAUAAACCUUUCUGUGGGCCUUAGUGGUUGGUUGGCUAAAUCUGACAACCUGUGCAUAUUUGCAUUGCAGUAAACUGGAACUUGCAUGAAUCCAAAUAUGUUAAUAUAAAAUACAAGUUUGAGAAAGGAGGGAUGAAAUCCAGUGCUCCAUUUCAACUUAUGGAAUAGUUAUUGAACGCACAGAAGCAUCCAUUUAUCAAAGGAGGAAGUGUGUUUUUGAUGAUUCCCUUUUCCCACUGCAACCCCCCAAAAUCUAUUCCAGAGGGUUGGGUCACCCUCCAGAACAGAGUGGAAGGUGGAGUUUCAUGGGAAACGGGGAUCGGCAAAAAAGGCCCUCCAUUCUCUCAUGGGAGCAGACACCUCUGCUGAAUCAAAAGCUGUUCUGCGAGGCCAAAUAGCAGCGCUGGAGUUCAGGGCUUUAGAAGCAGAGUCGUCUUUCCUAUUGGGCUUACUGGCGCGUUGUGCUAGGGCACCGGCCUCUCAGGGGCGGCCCAGCAAGUGGGGGUGCUGCGCUACUUUGCCGGCGGCCUCCCGUUUCCCUACACACCUGCCAGCCGUGCCCCUUCAACCAUAUGGCUGGCGGGCGUGCAGCUUGCCUCCCAAGCCUCCAUGGGAGGGGUUCGAUCCCCGCAGAGGCUUGGGAAAAGGUCGACAACUCUUGGAAAUGGGGGGGGGGGUGCUGGAGGGAUCUUUGCACCACGGCACCAGAUAUGCUUAAGACGGCCCUGUUUAGAAGUUUGAGGUGAUAAAAAGAUUUUAGUCUUUCAAAUAGCAUGUGGACCUAGUAACCCUUUCUCGUGUUGUUCUUUCAUAUAAAGUAUUUCCCAGCUUCUUUUUAACCUUCGUUUAGCAUGUUAAAAUGCACAUUACUUUUGCACUUCCUUUUGUUAUAAAUGCGUGUGAUUUAUAAGAGCAGCGUUGUUGAAAUGAUUGCACGUGAAAACUAAAAUUGGCUUUUAAAACUAGCCUCUUCAUGGCUCAUUUUGUGUGGCUCAUUUUGAAUUUUGCUUAUUUUGCCAAUCUUUGGUUUGUUUUGUUCUUUCUCUAAAGGUUCACAUGGGAACUCAUAUGUGGAAUAACGCUCCUGCACGGCGUGGCCGUCGACUCUCUGUGGAAAACCCCAUGGCUUUGUUAGGUGGUGAUGCUCUGAAGUUUUCUGAAAUGUUCCAAAAGGAUUUGGCAGCUCGGGCCAUGAAUGUUGACCCAAAUUUUUGGAAUCAGUACGCUGCAGCUAUUACUAAUGGACUUGCAAUGAAGAACAAUGAAAUUUCUGUCAUACAGAAUGGAGGCAUUCCCCAGCUCCCAGUAAGUUUAGGCGGAAGUGCCAUUCCGUCUUUAAGUAACAUUACCAGUGGCAUGGACAAAGCUCGCACCGGCAGUAGCCCUCCCAUCAUUGGCUUGGACAAAGCGAGUUCUGAAACUGGAGCCAACCGUCCAUUCACAAGGUUUAUUGAGGAUAAUAAAGAGAUUGGCAUAAAUUAAAAGCAUUCAAGUAACAAGUAACUGUUGGACCACUAUUCAACACAACAUUUGUUCUUUCAUGUACAGUUUUGGGAGUUAAGCAUUAGUUUCGUGACCUAAUUGCCUAGGUUCCCUUUAAGAUUUUUCCCCCCAUAGCAGAAAUACAUAACUUCGUGUCCGCUGAAAAGUUGUCUUGCAAGAUUUGCAUGGCACUGCUUUCAACAGUGAGCUGACUGUUAGCGAGAACUGCAGAACUCUUUAAAUUUAAGUAAAACGAUAAAUCAUUGGAUAAACUGCAUUAGGGACUGAAGGAAGCUAAAUUGUUUCAAUUUUUGUUCUUUAACAAAACAAAACAACACCAAUUGAGUAAAAGGGGGCUUCUCAAUGGCAUUUUCAGUCCAGCUCUUCCUUUGCUGGUUUUGUUCCACUUAGCUAGAAACUUGAACUAUGUUUUUAGAAAUCCUCUAACACUCAAUAAGUGAUUUAGUACCCUAAUGCUGUGUAUGAUUACAGUAUUCUUGUCUGUAGUAUUUAUAAUGUAAAGAUAAUGCGGGUAACAGACAAUAUACUAGCCCCAUCCUUAAAUGAAGCUUUUGUACUGCAAAAUACACCUGGCUAUGUGAUUUUCUUUCUUUUUUAAGCAAGUUUUGUUUCCCUAUAAAUAAGUGGUUUAUUUCAAUGCAGGCAAAAUUGUGAAGUUUUAUUGGGAAAGAUAGCAUGCUUUUCAUGUGCAAGUACCUGUCAGUAACAAACCAUUUUAAUUUAAAUAUUUGUAGCUGCUAUGUGGACAGUUGUUCUAUUAAAUGAAAAAAAAUGUAGUGUGGACUUCAGUUCAUGGUUGGAAAACAAGUUACAGACAAACCUUAUCACCAUAUAUUAUUCACAACAUUAUAAGCAGUUGUGAAUAAAACAUUUCAUGUUAUCAAAGGCAGUACAAUAAAAAGGCAGUGUUUGUAUAAUGUGUUGCAAACUCUUAAUUUAUACUAUUGCACUUUUAGUAUUUUAUAUUUAGGGAGGUUUGUCUAUAAUUUGAAUUUGAACAAAGAUGUAAACUAUUUUAUAAAUAGUACUUUGGCUUGAGGAAAAAUGGGGGGGGGGUAUUUUGUUGUGUUUGUCUUUAAGGUCAAACAGUAGGAGAGAUCUGUGCUCCUUUAAACAGGAAAGCCACUAAGAACUGUCAAGAUUCUUGGGUAGAAUGGGGCCUGCCAUUUCUUAAACCGAAAUGAUUCAUUUAACUUUUCUAUAAGCCCACCCUCCAACAGACCUUUGAUAUGUUAAUCUUAGGGCUGUGAUAUCAGAGCAAGCCUAGGAGAGGCUAAAGAAAACAUUGUGUAGGCUUAAUUUUGCUGUAAUCUGUUCUGUCUCUUUCACUCCCACCCACAAAGCAGGAUGCUGACUGCUUAAUAGCACUGGUAUGUAAAAGCAAAACAGAAAACAAAAAUAUUAAGUAUCAGUCGUAACUUGAACGUAAAUUCCCAACUCUUACUGAUCUCUUUUUUUAAAAAUAAUAAUAAUAAUUCCCAUAUUUACUACAAAGCACAAUGUAUUCUGAAUAUUCAAAUAUAAUUUUCAGUUGUUUUAAAAGCAUUGUUUAAAAUUGUGACAAAAGGGAAUGUUUCCACUCUUACGCUAGGGUGUUGGCGAGGCUGGGGGCGUAAAUCAAAACUUGAACAGUAAAUGUUUUGUGUACUACCUCAUUUUUGUGCAUUACAAGCAUGGUGGAGUCUGACACUAUGAACUUCCGUCCAACAAAAUUGUUCAAGGGACAUUAUGGGUAGCUGGGAAACAGCACAAGACGUUUUAUGCCCCUGAAGAAAGAAUCAGACAGUGAGGUCUUCUCAGUUGAGAUGGAAAAAAAUAAAAUAGGACAAUCGCUUUCUUGUGCAACAAAAAAAAACACAUUACUGUAAGAGGAUGGACUGUUUCUGCCAUCGUGUCAUUGAAUGAAAAGUUUAAAAGACUUAUUAGCAGUUUGUUUCUGUUUUGAAAUGAACAAUGAACUAUUACAGCUCUGUUUUCUACAGCAGUGAUACACAGAAUAUAUAUGUGCAUAUAUACAUGCAUAUAUCAAAUAUAUAUGUAGGUAUGUAUGUGUGUAUAUAUAUACAUAUAGAUAUAUAUAUAGAAUAUAUAUAGAAAAUAAACAUCCUUAUAUUAUAACACCAACCAUCGGUGACCACCAUUUGUGUUUGGGGUGUUUCAAAAUUGGGAAACAAAGAAAACUGAGGUGGCUUAAUGUUGCUGUUUUUCAGCAAAUGAAUGUUUUUAUUUAUCUGUGUCCAUUUCUGGUGUGAAAUAAUUUUUUUUUGUUUUUGUUUAGUAUUUGGUACCAUGUAGUGUUAUCUCUUCUCCCUAAAGGAUGUGCAUAACUUAAAAAGAGAUGUAAAGUGUUGUAAAUAAGAUGGCUGAUGAAGGUACAGUAAGACUGACCCCAUUUUGUAUUCAGGGUUAGGUCAUUCCUCUCUGCAUGGUGAAGAGAGACACUAUUUUUAUACUGCGAUACCAUGUAGGGCUAGGAGCCUCCCUGAACCACCUGGGAAUUGUUACCUAGAUCCAAUAUUUUUUAUUAUUAAAUCUUGUUGGCUUGACACAUCUACUGAUUGAAAUGGAUGUCUUAGUCUAGGUUCCUAUUUUUGUCAUAUGGAAUUGAAUAAAAUGCAGGAUGUAAUAUUAUUUCCGAAUUGUGUUCCAUGAUUAUUCUAACAGCAGAGUGAGAUGUGGGAGAUGGAUGUUCAUGGCUUUUAACUGUCAGGUACGAAAUAUAAAUAUGGCUGGAAUCUUGGAUUCACACAAUUUGAACAGAGUCCAAAGAACUAGCAUUGGGAAACCACUUUUUGCAGUUAAAAAUGAAAUGAAAUCACAGAGUUCUGCAGAUAAAUACUACAUCAGCAGUGGAAUAAAAGCUGGAUCAAAACAACGGUGCUCUGCCGCAGUCCUCUUCUGCUUGUCUCCCUUGGGUGCAAUUGUGCCUUUUUCAAUUUACACAAAUUUAAAUGUGAUUUACACAAACUACACUGCAUAUUUAUUCUCAAUGACUGUGAAACAAGAGAUGCAACGAUGCACACACUAUAGGUAAUGCACAUCCAGGUCUCCCCUCCCCUCCCCCCCUUUUUAUUUCUGUUUUCAUUCAUGCUGAAACGAAGUUGCUGCUGAAGUUAAAAUUGCAGGAAAAGCCUAAAGGGGGUUGCACAGAUCAUGAAUACAUGAGUUUGUGGAUCCCAGUGAAUAACUGGAAGACAUGCCAUGCCCCUUGCUUUAUUAUCAGCAGAGAAUUUUCUAUAGAGCGAGCCAUUUGUGCAUAUGUACCUUGCAAGAUUGAAAUAGUGCUAUUGGCUGCUAAUGUGUAGCAGUGAGAUAAGUGAAUCGUAGCUCUCGCAGUAAAUGUUCUUGCAGCAAUAGAGCAGUUUUAACCAUCGCAGCCUAUCUUUUUGAACUUGGACUUAAACCGUUCGCAAGAAGUCUGAGGAAAGGUUUUUUUGGUCUCUACAAAUUGUAACAGGACGCCAAGGUCUUUUAUUUCACGGAGUUUUAUGAGAAUUUUGCCACUGUGCUUUUGAUACAGAAACGCCCGGGGUUGGCUUUACAGUUGCAAUGUUAAAGUGCAAGCUUUGAUGACAUUAGCUACAUAUCACUCCUCAGAAGCUGCUGAAAAGUAGAAAUGAAAACUUAACCAGAGUGUGUUAUAGACCAUUGGAGACGAGAACAUGACAAGGACUGCAGGUGCCUCUGGCUUGUUGGAGGGCGGGGGCAGAAAUCCUCAAAAAAAAUUGUUUUUGCCUGCCAUAGAUUAAUAUGGGUGGAAAGUCAUGUUGGAAUUCCACAAAUAUAUGAAAGGCAGCCUGUAACUCACUAAACACUUACAAAUAUGUUAGAGAAACAGGAGUGGAUCAUUAAAAUGGUUCACUUAUAAAUUUCCCAUUUAUGUAAUACGAAUAUUUCUCUCUAAUCCCCUAAAUUAUACUGUUAAUGUCUUCUCUUUCCACUUUGUUAUCUAUGUUCCACUAAAUAGUAUAGCAAAAUUAACACAAGUAUGGAUGCUCAGGCAAACUAGUAAUCCCCCGCCCUUUUCUUCAGUGACAGUGAUGUUGUUCUGUUCACCAGUUCCUGUAAUUAAAACAGGUCGCAACACUUUGCUUUUUUACAAGUAUAAAUAAGGAUGCCAUUUUAUUUUGCUGUGGUUCCUGAACCCCUUCUGAAUAACAUGCUUCUGUGUCUCUGCCAAGGUCGUGCAGAUGUAAGGUUUUCCAUCUUUCUUAAUAAAUUCAUCAGGACAUAGAAAAAGCAAAUGCAUUUUGUAAUUAUUAUUAUUAUUAAUAUUAAGCAUAUCGCUUACAAAGUGCAAUGUGCUUUAUAAUGCUUAAUUUAACAUAGGUGAGUUCCCCCGUAGCAAGCGUUUCCUGGCUGUUCGAUGCUCAUACCAGCUUUAUACCACACCAAAUAGCUGCAAGACCUUUGAGAAAGACAGUGGGUGCAUUAGUGCAGAAAUUGCCACUUAGAAAGGGGCUCCCUUUUUAAAUUUAUGUAAGCAAUACAUUCUUUCAAAAUACCUACAACAAAAAAUGCCACUAAAAAGAAAAUGUAUGAAACAGAAAUAAACUAUGAAUAGUAAAAAAUUAUGUUUAUGGAGUGCUUAAUAUUUCAGAAAUUUUGUCCAGAUUCAGGAGAAAACUGGUUACAGACAGAGUUUGUUCUUUUUAAAAAAUAAAAAAUAAAGGAGCAAUUGUGUUUUCAAACCAAAACAACUUUAUUUAGUCCCGACUUCUGUUUCAAAAUUAUGUUGGGAAAAGCAGAUAUGCUUUCUGAAACUCCCAGCCUCAUAGCAGGAAAUUGUUCCUGUAGAAAUAUAGGGCAUAUUAUUACUAUUUUAUCCACAAGUAACGCUUCAGUUUCUUGGUAGAGAAACAAGGGGUAUAAUAAACAGACGUUCAAAAUCAGUUUUCUGAUUCUGUACUUACUAAAUAAAAUAAUAAUGAUGUGAAAAGAUACCUGCUUUCAAAGCUGCUGUACUUGCUCUGCACUGGUGAAGCAAAGGACCAAGAUCACCAUACAGUGGUACCUCGGGUUACAUACGCUUCAGGUUACAUACGCUUCAGGUUACAGACUCCACUAACCCAGAAAUAGUACCUUGGGUUAAGAACUUUGCUUCAGGAUGAGAACAGAAAUCGUGUGUUGGCGGCGGCGCAGCAGGAGGCCCCAUUAGCUAAAGUGGUGCUUCAGGUUAAGAACAGUUUCAGAUUAAGAACGGACCUCCAGAACGAAUUAAGUACGUAACCAGAGGUACCACUGUAAUUUGUCAGGUUAAACAGAUUAAAACAUUAAAAAGCAACAACCAACAAGCCUUUCACUAACAAUGCAAUAGCAUUGUCUUAUGAAGCCUUUUCCCUCAAAGAACAGUGCAAGGCCAAGGUUGCAAUCCUAAUGAAAUUUAAGUACAGUGGUGCCUCGCAAGAUGAAAUUAAUUCGUUCCGCGAGUUUUGUCAUCUUGCGGUUUUUUUUGUCUUGCGAAGCACGGUGUCGGGAAAGUUUUGGAAAAGCUUCAAAAAUCACCAAAGUCUUUAAAAACCUGAAAAAAGGCUACCACCGUGUUCUAUGAGUUGCUCCUCGAAGUCAAGUCGCAACUGUAUUAACGGUGUUAAGAAAAAGGAAACAAACUUGCAAGACAUUUCCGUCUUGCGAAGCAAGCCCAUAGCGAAAAUCGUCAGCUCAAAAAACAAAAAACCCUUUCGUCUAGCGAGUUUUUUGUCUUGCGAGGCAUUCGUCUUGCGAGGUACCACUGUAGAAGUAAAUUUCGUUUCAAAUACUGUAUUUCAUUGCAAAUAACGGAUUUCAAAUGGAUUAGGAUUUUUACAAAUCAUGUUUUGUUUAUUGCUUUAAUUUAAAGUUGCCAAUUUGAAACGUACAUUUAGACUUUCAGCAGAAAUAAAGACCUAAAAUAUCCAUUCCAAAAUGGCAGGUAAGGAAGUGAAAUUACCAUGUGCCCAAUACUUCGUUUGUGUUUUGUUUUUAGGAUUUGUAAUUAAAAGAACCCUGAAUAUUUUACCCCAUCCUUUUGAGAGUAGUCUGUUCUAAAGCAGAGUGGUCCAACCUCUCAGACCAAGUGGGCCACAAGAGCACUUUGACACAGAACCCAGGAGCCACACACUGAAUUAAAUCUCCAUACCAUAAAUUAAAGUGUUUGCAAUACAGUUAAUAUUAUUUAAUAUACGAGAUUAAUAUAUUUAGUUAAAUAUAUAUAUGAUUACACAGUUAAUUGAUUUAAUAUAUUUCUUUAUUAAACAGAGCUGUUCUUUUUUAAAAAAAAUUAAAAGGCCACCAAGUGUGAGUGGAGUUGCUGGAUGCAGACAGGACUCCAGGCAGAAAAGAGAAGGGAGAGGGAGAAAGUAAGUCUUACCAGGUCUCAGCGGGGCAACUGGGGGGGGGGGGAGCAUGCAAAUGAGCAAGCUGCAGCCUGGGCAGAUUAGCAAAGUCCUGCUUUGCUUUUUUGCCCUUUCCCCCUUCUCUCUGCCUUUGCUGCUCCCGCUUCCAGCGCCGCUACCAAAACAUGCAACAUGCACACCCAGACAGCACUCUGCUUUUUCUUCUUUUUUUGCCAUUUCACCCCUUCUCUUCUCCUUUGCCGCUUCCAGAAACACACACACACACAUUCAUUCAUUCAUUCAUUCAUUCAUUCUUACACCCACCCACCCACAGUCACCCUCUCUAGCCCAAGUUAGGGAUCCUCUCCAAAUGCCCACUCCGGCUCCUACAAGGUUGGCUUGGCUGGAGAAACUGCAUAUUGCUCCUUUCCUUUCCUUUUUGUUCGCCCUCCACUUUUUGUUGGAACCGGCAGCCUGCUGUGGUCCAGGGCAAGGCUUUCAGGUCGUCACUUCCAGUUCCCUGCAGCUUCAGUACUUAGCAAGAGCCACCCAAAAAAGGCCCUGAGGCCUGCAUGUGGCCUGGUCCAAAGGUAACUCAGGUGUAUCGUUAAACACUGCACGUAAUACAGCACACAUUGGCUCCCUGCUCCUAAGUUAUUGAUCAGGCAUAGGCAAACUCGGCCCUCCAGACGUUUUGGGACUACAACUCCCAUCAUCCCUAGCUAACAGGACCAGUGGUCAGGGAUGAUGGGAGCUGUAGUCCCAAAACAUCUGGAGGGCCGAGUUUGCCUAUGCCUGUUAUUGAUAGGUUGGCUACACUUAUUAUUUUGGUGUAAAAGCUGGCAAGAGACACUUAAGGAAAGAUCUGAGAGAACUAAUACGCUGAUUAUUAAUAAAAACCUUAGCAGCAGGACAGAAGAAUCUGGUUGCUGACUUACUAAAUAACUGCUAAGUGGAGAGGAAUGUAACUGUUACUGACAAAGAACAUACAGUAUCAUAGAGUUUUGAAUUUCUCUUCGGAAAUUACUUUGGUCAGAAAUCCUCUAAGCAUUUUCAGGUCCAAUGGGGUGAUAAUUUUGAGAAUCUUCAUUGUUCAAAUCCUAUGGAGAAGUUAUACCCCCCCCCAAAAAAAUCACUUGAUACAAUGGCAAAUACAUGAUUAACAUGUCAUUGGACCUUCAGAAAAUUCCAUGGCAAAUCUGCUCCUCAGACAGUAGCAGCCAACCCUAUGAACUCAGCUAGACAGGUGAACAAGCGAUUUAUAUGUGUUGUAUGUACGAUAUAACACUGUGCCACCAGAUGGCAACAUGGAGUACUGUUUUUCGCUACCUGUUUUCCCUGUUUAAAUUUACAACGUUUUGAACUGAAACGCUUAUUUGAUGUGUCUAGUUCCAGCCUAAGAUUCGUGUUCCUGUGUUUUCAAGUGGCCAUAUGUCACAUGAACACUCUAAAGUUUUGGUAUACCCUAAUAUGCAGGAAGAUGCCUUUGUUACCUGGCUAAGACGCUAAAAUGUCCCAAUACUAAAGGUUAUUCUUUUAGAUUCUUCCUAGUGGUGCAGGAAUAAAACUGCUGGCAUAUUUGCAAAGCUAAGGAGGGUCCACAUUGGUUUCAAAUUGGAUGGGAGACCAUGUGUUGAAGUUCCUGCAUUUCAGAGGGUUGAAUUAGAUGACCCUUGGGGUACCUUCCAACUUUGCAAUUCUAUGAUUCUAAGCUGGGAUAGUUUUAUAUAGAACACUGCUAUAAUUGUGAAGUAUGUGAUUUUUAUCCUCCGUACUCCCCAGCUCCCGCUGGCAGGGUGCAAUGGGGAUCUCUGUGGGGGGUGCCUUGUUUUCACACACACACACACACACACACACACACACACACCCUGACUGCACAUGACAUCAAUAAGACACUGCACCUCAAUGUGGGGGGCAGGUCGGCACCCCUGAGCCAGGAAGGCUCUAAUUUCUUAUGAGUUUAAUGGACACUUAGCUGUAACCUAUCUGUAAUUUAAACCAAACACAUCCAGAGCAUUGUUAGGCUCCUGUAGGGAAAAUAAGAGAUUUAACAAGCACUAGGUUUGACAUCCAAGAAUUGUUACACGCAAGCAUGCUUUAGAUUUAACCAGAAGGGUAGAGGUUGCUUCAACUCAAAAAAUAGCUGCGGAGGCACAGAGCAUCUAAGGUUGCUUUCAUAUUAUGUGUCUCACAACUUAGCUCCAUUUGAGAGUUUUCCCGCUGGAAUUCAGAAGACCAAAGGAGCGAGAAAGAAAUGGAUGGGGAAAAGGAUGCAAAUGCCCCAUUCCCUGUCCAACUGAAGUCCUUUCCAAGAGACCUCGCACACGAGAGGUAAAUAUGCCUGCUGAUUUUGAGAAAGCUAAGGUUCCACACUGGCCAUGUGACCAUGCAGCUGACCGCCAGCACCACAAAACUAAACAAUUUAUACAACUAUCCUGCGGAGUUCCAAAAUGGUAUGAAGAAGACAGAACAGAUAAUAAAUUCAGCAGCUUUUUCUCUGCUAACAUCUUAGGACUUGGGAGACAGAGUAGUGUAUCCUAUUUUAAUGGCUAUUGAAACCAUCCAUAUUUCUACUUUAUUCUAAUUCCCAAUAAUAGAACAAUUGCAAGGUACUAUCUGAUGAUCUCUGAAACGGCAGUUGCAGGUGUGGAUGUUUUCAUUAAUUUGUCUUUCUGCAAUAUAAAAGAUCAAGGCACAUGUAAGAAGGUGACUUUGGGCGCAGGCUGACUUUUAGAUAGCAGACUUCAGACACUUUCAGGAAACCUGUAACUUGAUGGGUCCUGCGGAUUUAUGAAUUAAUUAAAUGGAUUUAUGGUUGUUCAGCAUAUUUGAUGAUGAGAAACAAGGGAUCUCAAGUCAUGAUUCCAAAACGUAUUGUCAACAAAAUGGAUGCAGAUUACUUGACCUUUAUAAGACUUGUACCAUCUGUUGACAACAUGCCCUUUGCAUUCCCAUUCAACGGCUGCAGUCCUGGGCUGCUUGCUCUUAAACAACUGUAUGAUCAAUGCAUUGCAGCAUACAUAGAUUUUGAUUUCUUAUAUUAUAGCUCUAGAAAUGCAACACAGUAUCAGUGGCGUGUCAGGAUGCUCUGUAACUGCUGCUCUCAGAUUCAGUACAACACAGAACUUAAAAUACACCUUGUCCCAUUCAGACAUGUGGUGGAAUACUUUAAACGAGCCUGGAAGAUAAUCAGUUAAAAUGGCUCAAUAGAUUUCAAUCCAUGAUUUUACAGCAUUAAGGAGGACAUGAUUCAAUAGCACUGGUAUGCCCUUUUUAUUAUUAUUAUUUAUUAAAUUUGUAUACCACCCUUCAUCUGAAAAUAACAGGGUGGUUCACAACAUAAAAAGACAAAAUGAGUACAUACAUAACAAAACAAAAGCAAACCAAUAACCGCCUCCCCAUCCCAUUUAGAAGGCCAUAGAAUAUUCAGUCAGCCUAAGGCCUGCUUAUGGAUAAACGUUUUCACCUGGCGUCUAAAGAUAUGCAAUGAAGGCACUAGGUGAGCCUCCCUAGGGAGAGCAUUCCACAGAUGGGGAGCCACCACAGAAAAGGCCUGUUAUUAUGUUGCCACCCUCCAGGUUUCUCACAGAGGGCGCUCAUAAGAGUGUCUCAGAUGAUGAUUGCAGUAUAGAGGUAUGUUAUAUAACGGGGGUUCCCAAACUGUGGUCCACAGACCACUAGUAGUCUGCAAGGUUCAUUCAGGUAGUCUGCAACAUGCCUGUGGAUUUGUGGUUGAAACAAGAGAUGGCAAAUCCAUUGCAUUAAAUAUCCUCAGCAAUUUUCAGCUGGAUCCCUUGGGAGGGCCAGGUUUCAGAACCACAGUCUUGCGACAUUAGCUUUUAGACUAAACACAGAAUUUAAAGGAAAUCUUAGCUCAUUCAUAUCUAUGGUGCUGAAGUAAGCAGGUCUGAUGAGCAUCAGUUCACAUUAAGGUCUGUAUCACACCCAGUAAAAUGCACACUUUCAGCUGUUAUGGAAAUGUCCAUAUGCAAAGGAAUCCAAAAUAGAGAUUAGGUUUCUUUGAAAUGAAACCAAAAUGAAAGCUUAAAUGAAAGGAGGAAGUUUGGAUGUCUUCAGACACUUUUAGAAAAAUGAACACAUGGAGCAUAUACAGAACUUGGGAAUGGAAGACCCUCCUCUAACUGAACUGCUUUCUCCUACAAAUUGGAAGAAAAAGCAUAUUUGAAAAUAUGCUGUCUUUAUGCACAUACAACAGUUGCCAUACCAAUUAGCUAAAUGUAAGUGGCAGGCACCUGUAUAUUCUUACCUGAAAGAUGCCUUGCUAAAUUGCUUGGACAGCUAGGGUGUCACUAUGUUAGCAGGGAUACCCAUUACAGGAAUUGAAGGUCAAGUCAAAGACAAAUAUGAAUCUACCUGAGGUUCCUUAUAAGGCUAUAUAAGGAAAUAAUAAAAGCGUGGAUGGAAAAACAUGUUUAAAGUUACACGGAAUACACCUGGGAUUUCCAGGGCAGAUAUGGAACUGUCUGUGUAUCUAAAUGUACUGAAGACUUAAGAUGGAAAAGGAUGGUGGGUCUCUCCCCCCCCCCCAUCUCCCUCCACCCCCCAAUCUGGUAGGAAGUUAUUGAUUCAAGACAAUUUAGCUGCCCCAGUUGUUGUAGCAUCUGCCAGGAGGUUUCUUGCUAAAUAAACUUCAACUUCUGCUUUCGUGUGUACUGUGCUGGUGGGUUGUGUAAUUAUUUCUUUUGUAAUAAAAGAGGCUCCUUAAAACAUCAAGAAUUACUUCUAAUCUGAAUUACCCAAAUUCCACUCUGGGAAUAUAUAUCCAGAUUACCCUAUGUUACUUUUGAAGAGGAGACAGAUGUUCAUGACUGUGAAACAGAUAUUUCAAGUUAUUGGGUUGUGUUUUUUCCCUCUCAUUCUGCCGCUCUCUGCUCAGCCAGACUUUGGAUACCCAGCGGUAGGCAUAUGGACAGUUUUUGGUUUUUUUAACUCCUGAUGAACUUAAUGUUUGCACAUCCUCCGUGGCACGAUGACUGUUUAUACUGACAGGAGCACUGUACCUACUGCAAUAGUUUUCAAUUCAGAUGCCAGUUAUAGAACGAUAGUUAUCUCUUGCCAUAGUCAUUUGAGCAAAAUACAUGGAGGUUAGUUUCUGUUCCUUUCAGGCUUUAAAAUAUCAGUAGGCAAAAUGAGACUGUGCUGAAAAUGUCAUAAAGAAAGACCUUGCCGUGGUGGGUGGUAGAGGAAAUUCCGUUGCUGAUCAUCUGCUUUUUGAAAACAUUGUCCCCUUUAAUAGCCUGGCAUACAGAUGCUAUCCUAUUUCCAAAAUUGCGUUUUAUCGAUUAAUACUCCACUUUUUAGAAAGUCUUUUUACAAGACUGCUUACACUGAAAAUACCAUCCAAAAUAACAGCUCCUCUUUCAAAGCAUGCUGAAAUGCAAAGAGAGGUGGUCUGUCUUGCUUCCCGAGAGCAGGAGAAUUCUGUAAUACAGAUUCCACUGUGGAAAAGGCCCUGUCACUGGUACUUACCAAAUGAGUCUGAUUUAAAGGGAGAUCAGAGGCUGAAAUGAUUCUUUUAAAUGUCAGGUAGGCUGGUGAUCCUUUGGCUUAGGGAUGGAGCACCUGUGGAACCCGCCAGAUGUUGUUGGACUACAAUUCCCAUCAUCCCUGACCAUUGGCCAUGAUAGCCGGUGAUAGCCUGGAUGAAUGCUGAUAAGAUGGAAGUACUGUGGAUGGUCUGGCAAAUUGGACAUCCUGUUUACGAUUGGCUAGAAUGGAGCAAGUAAGUGAUGGUGGCAAGGAAUGCCUAAUUCCAUCUACAGCCCAACUAUUAUCAUUCCUGGACCAGGAUUAUCCUCCAUCAGUGGCCCAUGCUGUAGAGACCUCAUCUUUGGAUUAGUGUGAUGCACUUUACUUGGGGUGCAUUUGAAAAUGGUCCAGAAUCUAUAGCCAGUGCAGAAUGUAGCUGCCAUGUUAUUAGCUGGGACAAGAAAGACAGGAUCGUGGAACAGCUAUCCUAGAUGCUCUGCACUGGCUGCAUGUGUGCUACUGGAGUUGACUUAAGGCAUUAUGGUUUACAAAGUCCUAAAUGGUUCAGGGUCAAAAUCCCCCUUCCAAUACUAGCUAAUCAGUCUUCAAGAUUUGGCGGGGGUGGGGUUUGCUCACAGUCCCUGUCAUAAUUCAGAAUGAGGGGAUAUUUAGACUGAGGGACCUACCUUCUCAGUGGUGGGCCCCUGACUGUCGAACAAUAUCCCCUUAGUGGCAUGCCUGUUUCCCACAUUGUUGGGUUUCAGAGGCCAUUUGAUAACAUUUUUAUUUGGUUAGGCUGUUGCAGCUUGACAAAUGGGAUGUGUAUUCCUCAUUGGCAAUAUAUGGGCUUUAGUUUUUAAUGAUUUGUUCCUAACUCUUUAGUGUAUAUACGCUUUGAGCUCUAUGUGCUGGAUUUUGUUUGAUGAACAUGGAUCUGUGCACUUUCUGAAGAAUCGUUUUUUUUAAAAAAAGUAAAUAAAUAAUAGCAGCAGCAAUAUCCCGAGGACCACAUAUUUCUCAUACCUGCUUCUGAUAAUGGGGGACCAGACCGCUUAGGGCAUUAAAGGCAAAUGAUGACAGCCUAGCAACCUUAAGUUGAUUCUGGAAAUAAAUUGGCAAGCUGUCUAAAUGGUGUACGAAGCAGGUUGCAAUAUGAUCCAAUCAAUUCUCCUGCUUCUACCAGCAUCCUGGUGGAGGCAUUUGGAAUUCAUUGGUGUUUUUGAACUGCCUUAAGCACAACCAUCAUAGAGGGCACUGCAGUCAUCCAAACUGAACAUAACAAGCAGUGCCAGGUCUGCCUUCUUUAGAUGGGGCCACAGCUGGCGAAUAUAUAUUUACAAGGAAGUAAACCCAACUGAAGAAAGAAUCUGACCUCCAGGUAAGUAAUAUGUAGCACAAUCCUAUGCAUAUUUUUUCAGAAGUAGGCUUCACUAUGUUAUAUGAGAUUCACUCCUAAGUAAGUGGGCACAAGAUUGCAUGCUCCCUUUCCUGGUAAUAAGCCCCAUCAAAGGCCGUAGAACUUAUUUAUGAUCAUGCACAGGAUUGUGCUAUUAGAAUUACAGCCUUAUAACCUAAUCCUAAACAUGUAUUUGCAGAAGAAAAUUCCACUGAGUUUUCUGGGAUUUCUCCCCCCACCCCCCAAAAAAACCCUGAUUUGGACCAGGCUGUAAGUACUGUUUAUUGAGGGUCAUUUCUCACAUUGCCCUGCCAAAUGGAAAUAUUCCAUUCUGGAGAAAUACAUGUACAAAUAAUGCAGGAUCACAACUAUACAUGCCCAGUAUAUCCUAUUGUUCAGAAGAAUGAACUUUUACGCUUGAGGGAAGCUAGUUUUCUGUAAAAUUUGUACAGCAUAUGUGUGCCAGACAUUUUAAAGCAGCUCCCACAAACCUUUAAAGCACCUGACUUUUCCAAGGAAUCCUGGGAACUGUAGAGUAUUAAGGAUGUUGGGGGAUGUAAUUGUGAGGGAGGAACUACAGUUCCCAGGAUUCUUUGAGGGAAGUCAUGUGAUCUAGAUGUGCUUUGGAAAACAGCAAAGCUCACUAAUAACUGGUGAUAAUAGCAAUAAAAACUAGCAUUUUCUAAAUUUGGAAAGUGUGAUGGAUAACCCAGCACACCGUGAAGCAGAAACAUUCCAUGUGACACGGCCACAAUAGGAUAAUGAUCUAAAAAUGUCGUUUUGUAUCCCACCCAUACAUGAGGAACAGACAACAUCUGGAAUAAGUAAACAUUAUGUCUAGUCUCAUGAAAUAUUUCAAAGACUGCAUACAGAGACUUUGAGUAUUAAAAAUAAUGAAAGCUAGUGGAAACAUUUGUGUUAUGACAGGAAUGAAAAUUUGUUAAUGCGUUUAUUCAUGCAACUAUUAUUACCAAAUCGUAAAGCAAACCUUCACAAUAUUCACUAUAGGAUAUACCGUAUAUAUCACAAAUAGCAAAUGCUGAAUAAAGAAUGCAUUAUAUCCAACAGAAAAUAUUGCUCAGAGAGAAUCAAAGAUCCAUGCAAAGAGAAUAACUUGAAAAGUUUUCAUAACACUUCACUAAAAUAGAAUUACUAUUAGUACAUACUUAAUAAAUUAAAGAAUGCAGAAGGACAAAUGUAUGCAUGGAAAUAAGCCGUUCUAGAUAUUGUCAUGAUUUGUAAAAGUCUCAUUAUUAUAAUAAAAAAAUUAAAAAAUAAAAGUAAUAAUAUGUGGCUUCUAGAGAGUCAGAAUAGGAGUCCUGUAGCUUAGGACGAUACCACCUACCUUACAUGGACAUGCCAUUUUCCCAUGGAUAUUACCAGCCAAUCAAUCUACCAGACAUAGUUGUUGUGAGGAUAAAAUGGGGAGAAGAACCAUGUAUGCCACCUUGAGCUGCUUAGAGAAAAUGAGGGAUAUAAAUGCAAUAAUAAAGUAAGCAAAGCAAGGAAAAACACAGAGACUGCAGGUGCAUUGGCUCAGCAGCUCAUUGCUUAAUUUUAUUAUAACUAUUAAAAAUUAAUUGGAUGGCAGAUUGUUGCUGUUGUUUUUAAAGAAUGUGUUUCAUCUUAGAAGAGGCAGCCAUUUCCCCAUUAAAACUGGGUGAAGCCCUCUUCUAAGCUGGUGUCUGCUGCAUGAUCUAAAAGCAACCACACCAAUAAAAAAUUAAAAAAUCCCCUCCUUUGGUAUAAUAUUUAUUAUAGGCCAACUUAUGCAGAUCUAACUGAGUAAUCAAUUUCAACUUACACAAUUCAGAUUUCUUUGAUCUCAGAUGACAUCCCUUUCCCUUAAACACACACACAUUUCAGUUCUGAGGGACAAAGGCUUACAUUCCUAUUAUCUAGAUAAAACAAGAUCUUUCAUCUAAGAACUGCACAAAGCAUCCAUUAUUAAACGAUAGACUAAGCCGUCGAUGCUGAAAGAUAUCAGUUCAGCUCCUAUUGUAGUUCUGUUGAUGACUACAUAAACCCAAGAUGGAAAGUAUAGAUUGUGCUGCAGACAUUGCAGCUGAAUCCACGCCCAAAGGUUAAUAGGUUUCACUUCCUACGUAUUUGCUUCAUUUUGGUGUUUUUGAUACUCGUUGCCACAACAUUUACUACAGCAGAAUGGGCUGCUGUGGUCCAACUAGCUUGAUUUGAGAUUUCACUUACUAUAGUCUUCAGAACUGCAAGUUCUCGGGUUGGGUUUUAAGUCCCCACCCCCACCCCCCAAAAAGCACCUGAACUGCCCAUGUGUAAGACAGCUUGAACUAAAACUUGGAAAAUAGAAUUAUUAUUUGUUCAUGGUGAAUACAAGAGCUGGAAAAGUACAGUGGUACCUCGGGUUAAGUACUUAAUUCGUUCCGGAGGUCCGUUCUUAACCUGAAACUGUUCUUAACCUGAAGCACCACUUUAGCUAAUGGGGCCUCCCACUGCUGCCACACCACUGGAGCACGAUUUCUGUUCUCAUCCUGAAGCAAAGUUCUUAACCCGAGGUACUAUUUCUGGGUUAGCAGAGUCUGUAACCUGAAACGUAUGUAACCUGAGGUACCACUGUAGUGGGACAAUUAAUUCCUUUGGGACUUUUUCCUGCGCAUAGACAGAAGUCACUGGACAACUAUCUACUGUUCCGCCUGUCUAUUAUUAUUAUUAUUAUUAUUAUUAUUAUUAUUAUUAUUAGCUUUAUCAAAUUUGAGUCCAGUGUGGUUUACAAAGUUCCAUCGGUACAAACAUUUAUGCUUGUCAAAUGGGGCUUGUGUCCCCCUCAUCCCUCUACCUGCACAUCCCGUAUCCUGCCCAAAUCUGCUCCAGAGGAUUGGGGAAAACAGAUUUAGUGGUACAUGGGGGGGGGGCGUGUUCUGCACAAGCAGAACUCCUUCCUUAGCACUACACUGAGUACAGGCUAAGCUGAAUAAAAAGGGUUGUUUGUGUUGAAUAGAAAGCAGUGUUGACUACUGGAGGCUAUCCUCACAUGUAAUCAUAGUCAGGGUGCUACAAAAUAUCCUCCUUUAAUUGCUACCACCUUCACUUUUGGCUGGAAAGGGACACAGGGAGGGGAGGACAUUGGCAGAUAACCUAAGAGCAUGGGCAGGUUGUGAAGAGGAGAGGCAGGGCUGUUUUUCAGCCACAACUCACAGGGACUCAGUUCCUACGGCUCUCAGGUGGGCGCCACUGCCAUUCUAAGAGAACAAGGUGAGUUCUGGCACCUCCCCCCCCGAAAAAUAACACUGAGGAUAAGCAUUAUAAAUAACAUUUUAACUAGUACAUGGGAUUAUAAAACCUAAAGUGCUAGUUACAGUCACUGCACUACAGUCAGAGUCAGCUCUUUAGCUAAAGCCAGAGGUGUGUUGCUACUUUUCAAAAUCAAGAAGGGUAGAUUAUUCCUUCCCAAAUUGGUUGCCACCCAUGUCUCCCCCCCCCCCCCCACGCUUCCAUACUGUUAUAACAAUUACAUUAAGAACAGGGCUUUUUUUUCAGUCGGAACUCACUGGAACUCAGUUCCAGCGCCUCUCAGGUGGGUGCCAUUGUCAGUCCAAGAGAAUGAGGCGCUCACAGUGAGUUCCAGCGCCCCUUUUUCUAGAAAAAUAGCACUGAGUAAGAAUGAUUUCUAGUUAAGGACAAACUGCCUCUUACUGCCAGUUUAACUCUGGCGAAGAUGACCCCAUUCUAAUCUAGGGGAUAGUAGUUAUGAGAAGAGUAGGGCUGUUGGCCUGGAUUUGCCAGAAAUGAAAGUGUGUUUUCAGAAUUUUGGGGGUUCUUUUGUGCAUUUUCUAAACUGGUUCCGGGAUUGGAGCCGAUGUUGAGGGGUGAGCUGAUGAGAAUGUGCGGUGGAGGGACAGAGAAGGGUUUAGGCCAUCAGCCUGCCCUUUCCAACUUAGCUACCUCAGGCUGUAGUUGAGAAGCAGUACGUUUAACACUAUUAAGGGAACAGUACAUUUUUAAUCAACUCAAGGACGCCAUUGAUAUUGCGCAGAUGAAGAGCAGCGGAUUCUGUUGUGGAACACAAGCAUACAACUCACCAGCGCCUUGGAAGACCAGCUAAACAAUCUGAAGCAUGAGGCCAAAAAGAAAACACCAUAACUUAUCCAAUUGGAACUACAGGGGAGAUUAGGUAGACAGAGUAAUUACCUGAAUUGGAAUUUAGCCAGGACACCAGGGCCAAGCGCACAUAUUCUUGUGCAGAGUAACACAGGGUGUUUAAUGACUGCAUGUGACCAAGAUCUGAAUUUAGCAUCUGCUACCACAAGAUGUCAUUUCUUUUCAGCCUUGUCUUAAUUUAAGAAUUAUAUAUUACAGCCAAAUCAUAGACAUGCACUAGCAACAUUUCAUAGACUCUUCUUCGGGAUAAUCAAUGUAAGUAAUUUACUAGAUAAAAGAAUGUUAAUAGCAAGGACUGUAUAAUUUGUGUGACUACAAAUUGCACCUGUCUUUCAAGGGAAGAAAGGGCUACCGCUGUGCAGAGAGAGUGGAUGGAGUGCAAGGUCAAGUGCAAGCACUUCUGUUUAACAUGCAGCGUCUAGAAACAUCCAUUGGCGCUUUCAGAGAGAAGCGGAAAUUAUAGCUAGCAAAGUUAUUAUAAAUAAUUGUUGUGCCUUCUCUUCUGAGUGGACUUGAUAAGGCAGUCAUAAUUGAAACGUAGAAAAUAUUAAUUGGAAGGUGUCUAAAAUGAGUCUUUCGCAAGUGUACAAGUUACACUUCUGCUUUGAGACUUUGAGAAUAGAGAGGGAGCAUAAAGCAAGGGUGGGGGCUGGCUAAGUGAAUCGCCUUGAAAUGCUAUAUUAAUAUGUGUAAUAUGGUGGCACGGAAGUAUCUUGCUACAUUGCAGUGAAAAUAUCAGAGAUAAGAGACUUAGGUCAUCUUUUUGGAUUUCCCAGACAUUACUUGGACUUCAAAGGUGGAAGUGAUGUCCAGGGCGGGGGGAUUAACUGAAGCUUGUAACUUUGUUGGUGUCUGGAUUUUCACUUUUUGAAAUAUGGCAACCCUACUGUAAGGGGCAAAAACUGCUGCUCCUCUCCCUUCAUCUGUGAAUUAUCUCUUAGGGAUAGGGUGGAGCUCCUGUUUUGUGACCCUUCGUGGUUUGGGGACCAGACUACCUGAAUAAUCAAUGCUUCCCAUAUAUACUUAACUGGAUCUUGAGAUGUUUUCUGGAGAUGUUCUCUGUAAGACUUUUGGUGGCAGCAGGAGAGACUUUACAGUGGUGGUACCCUGGCUGGUGGAUACCCCAAAAGAGGAUCACCUGGUGUCUACUUUGUUGUAAUUGUGUCCUUUCCCAUGUCUUUUAUUUUGUCUUAGCUCUGACUGUUUUUAUGCUGUUAUACCUUUCUUGUUGUUUUGCUAUAACCUAUAAAUAAUACACAUAAAUAAAUAAGGUAUUCUGCAACCUAAAGGAAACCAAUAUUGUUGAGUACACAUGAAUGGAUUUGAGCAGACAGUGUUCUUUGGCCCUAUUGAACUCUGUGACUCUUCUUUCUGAGAAGAUUGUGCUAAGAACUGAGCUUGAUGGGACUUACUUCCCAGCUAAGUUUAAAUCAAUUGCAUUGCCCCUCAAAUGUCUCAUUGCUUGGGGCUGCUCAUACCACUGGUAUUAAAAGUAGUUCUGCAUGCCUGAGAGUGUAAGCAGCGAGUGAGCCAAGAUGUAGCACAUAGUAGCACACAUGAAAUAAAAGCAGCCUAGCAGGAAAAGGAAACAUCACAGCAGCAGACGUUUAUCAAUAAACUGGAAAUUUCAUGGUAGUAUUUUAGCAGGGACAUUGUGGCCUGCUACAUAUAUGACAAACAAAACUGGGUAGCAGAACGUUGUGCUGCAAAGGAGGAGAGCUUUCGAUUUAAAUGUUUCCCUUUUUACAAACAUUGAGCUAUAUUUGUUAUAUGUUACAAAGUUUUUUUAAAAAAACAAAAUGUUGGGUAAUGUUGAAAAGUAAAAACUCCCUCUAAAGUUGUAUAGUCCAUCCUACCACCAUGUGAUGACUUUUGAUUAAUGUAAAGAAACUGGAUAUUGAAAUACAGACUUGUCUUGGAGGAAAAUACCCUGUAAAUUUUACCUCUGGUACUCUUACUGGUCAGCAGAGACAAAUGUUCCGAGCUGCUUCUCCCUUCUGUAUAGCAGACAGGUUCUUCCCUUGUCUCUUCAGCCUAAGCCAAGUGAUUUGGUAAUCCCCAGGUUGUCUUCAGUAUAUAACAACAACUUUAUUAUCUGUACUGCGCCCAUCAGACUGCCCCACUCUGAGCAAGCUAUUCCACCUGCCUCUCAGGUCUUCCUUCUUAUCCCUAAACCAUCUUCCUCUGCUGUCUUCUUUUUCUGGCUAGCUGUACCACCACAAAGCACCUACAACUCCAACUUACUCAAUCCUCAACUCCAACUAAGUCCUCUGAUGCCCAGCACCCAUUUUUAUAUACGCUUCUUCUGGCCCUUCUAGUCCACUGCCAAUCAAUCACGCUGUCCACCUCAAAUGCUAAACCUUCACCCACCAAUCAAAACAUGUGUAUUUUAUAUCCUUCUUUUGCAUACUGAGAAGUCAAGCACUAACCCUUCCUCACAGCUGUUAGUUAAAGCCCUUUCUGACAAUUAAACUAACUUACUGGAUCAGAUAGAAAACUUCCCACAUAAAAUACAUUACAAUAUACAUUACUAUGCAAAGGUCAGAAUACAUUACGCAAUAUCUAUUAAGACUUAAUUCAAAUAAACAGGAUUUUAUUCACAAAGAGGAAAGGAUUAAAUCUGUUCUCCCACGUUAUAAUCCCCAUCUUUAUUGGAGUGUCCUGUGGCUUUUUGUUACAAAAGAGACAUGCCUUGCCCUAUCUAAACACUACUAAUUGUGAGGGAACGUUUUUCCACCUCUGGUGGACUUGCCCUAAAGUGAAGGCGUUCUGGGAAAUGAUUUAUAAUGAAUUGAAAAAGGUAUUUAAAUAUACCUUCACUAAGAAACCAGAGGCUUUCCUUUUGGGUAUUGUCGGCCAAGGGGUGGCAAAGAGGGACCAGACAUUUUUAUGUAUGCAACAACAGCAGCAAGGAUACUUCUCGCAAAAUACUGGAAAACCCAAGAUCUACCCACACUGGAAGAAUGGCAGAUGCAACUGAUAGACUACAUGGAACUGGCUGAAAUGACCGGCAGAAUUCGUGACCUGGGAGAAGAGAGGAUAGAGGAGGAUUGGAAGAAAUUUAAGAAUUAUCUACAAAAACAUUGUAAUUUGAGUGAAUGCUAAAUAAGAUGCUAGACUAAAACAACUGAGCACCACUAAAUUUAGAAUUUUUUCAAGAAAACAAGUAAGAUUGUGAAAACUUAACUCCUUUCGAGAAUUAUAAGAUUAUGAAAUAUAGAAGGGAUAUAAGAAUUUAAAUAAGAUGAUAAAUUGCUGAUAAAAUGCUAUAACGAUGAAAGUGGGAGCGGGAGAUGUGAGGAAGUCCAAAGAAAAUGUGAAACUAUGUUAAGACAAAUGUUAUAUUGUUUAUCAUGUUUAUUUUUAUUGUAAAACCCAAUAAAUUGCUUUAAAAAAAAAUAAUAAACACUACUAAUUGAAUAUGUAGUUUGGCCAUAUAUCAGAAGUGUCUUACCAGCAUCACCCUCUUAAAACACAGCCUGAUUUUUCCUUUUCUCACAGCUUAUAG